GGAAGUUCUCAACGGCCCUUUUUUGCUAUAUCCAAGAUUCACCCUUCGGAACGAAAUGCCUCACGACUCUCCGAUCUUGUACCUCAUCCGCCACGGCGAAAAGCCUCCAAAGGAGGCAGACGGAGACGACAGCCCCGGCCUCGCCACCCAAGGAAUCGAACGCGCCCAGGGGCUUGUUCAGGUCUUCGGUCGCAGCAGCCCGUACGACAUCGGGUACAUUAUCGCGCAGAAACCCAAGUCAGAUAACCGGCAAACCCGCCCGUUUUUGACCGUUCAACCCCUGGCGGAGUCUCUGCAGCCGUAUAACGUGCCCUUCAAUUACCUCAUCGACAGGGAUCACGUCGACAAGGUCGCGGACGCGGUGCAUGACUACAUCAAAGGCAAGGGGGAAUUUGUGGGGGAGGGGAAUGUACUGAUUUGCUGGGAACACGAGACGCUGGAGAAGAUUGCGAAGGCGCUUGGUGUGGAGGAUGUGCCGGACUACCCUGGCAAAAGAUUCGAUAUCAUCUGGACAAUUAAGGCGCCAUAUAAGAAGAUUGACAGCAUCACGUCAGAAAACGUUCCAGGGCUGGACGAUCACUCAGAGAACCCAUCAUGAGUCCCCGAUGACUAUUUGCGGGGGGUGAUGCUGUGGGCAAAGUGCUCGAGGCAGUGGAGAUAUAUGCGCAAAAGUAUUCUUUUCAAUUUCGAGUCUAUGCAAAGAUCAUUUUGACUUCUCCAGACACGGCUGAGAAGAAAGGUCCACCAGAGGAUAUACGUGUUUGGUCUAGUCACGUGAACUGCUCAGCCUUGUCAAGGGAAUCUAGUUUCGCUGGUGAACAGGACUGGCAAAGAGGUCAAAUAUAACCAAUCAUAUAUAUCUCAUCGUUUC